AUGAAUGCCGGCGUCUCAAGACCAAGCCUGCGAUCUCGCAAAGCCUGCCCUUCAAUAGCACAUGCAGCAGAGGGCGCUGGCCGGAGCACAGUCAGUCUCCCGGAGAUCAGGAGCGAGGUUCAAGACUGGGUCAGGGAUGGGCUCAGGCUGCCCAAGGAAGAUGUCAAACGAGCCCGAGCGCAGUGGCAGCGCUUCAGACUGGAGGCGCCAGAUUAUCCCCAAAACUUUUUCCAGGGGAAGGGUAUCGCCAUCUUGGCAGGAGGCCCGCAGUACAUGGUACCUGCAUGGGUCAAUGUGAAGAUGCUGCGCAAAGCUGGAUGCCAUUUGCCAGUGGAGAUGCUUUUCCCUGCAGCAGAGUACCCCACAGUAGAGCUGGUUUCAGCCCUGGCUGAGUUGGGGGUCACUUGCCGUGUCCUCCCAAAUGGGGUGGUGCAGUCUAGCAGGAAGACCAAGCCUUCAGAAAGCGGGGCAGAAAUGGCUGUCGACCCCAUGUCUGGAUUCACGUUGAAGAUUGCUGCUGUGAUCUUGUCGAACUUCCAAGAGGUCAUCUUCUUGGAUUCUGACAAUGUUGCUGUGGAUGAUGUGGGCACGCUCUUUAGAAGCCCGCACUACAGAGACACUGGUGCCAUGCUGUGGCCCGACUACUGGGCUUCAUCCGCUGCUCCAGACAUGCAUGACAUCCUCGGCUUGAAGACAUUGCCUGAAGGGACUUCUGAGAGUGGUCAAAUGGUGUUUGACAAGAUGCGGGUCUGGGAUGCACUUGUGCUGGCGGCGUACUUCAACAUGAACUCUGGUUUCUACUACGAGAUGUUCUCCAAUUUCAUGGGGAAGGGCGACAAGGAGUCUUUCUCAUUUGCAUUUGCAGCCACAAAGACCCCCUACUACAUGGUCCCCCACCCUGUGGGAAGUCUGGGCCUCAUGCGUCACUAUUGCAGCCCGGACCAGAGUCUCUGUUGGGAAGAGUUCACAGGUAACACAAUGACGCAGUACUCUCCAACUGGUCAGCUGCUGUUCCUGCACACAAACCUGUCCCCAAAGUGGAACCUCAUGGUGCCUGGAGACUUCAAGGCCUACACAAGAAGGUGGCAGGUUUUAGUGCCUGGGAAUGAGAGACUGUCAAAGUUUGAGGCGGAGUGGGGCAGAGACGUGGAAUUUGACAUCUGGCAGAGCAUCACUGAUUUCCGCUGUGCAGGAUUUUUCAGGCGGUACAUGGAGGAAUAUACGCGCGCGGAUGCAAGGCUUGGAAGGCAGCCAAUGCUUGGCGUGCAGGGCUUCCACCCUCUGAAUGAGGGUGUAAACUUUCGUCAGGCUUACAGAUGGGGUUUGAGAGGGAGCUACCUGGAUUUUACGCAGGUGAACUUUGGUGAUUCCUUGCAACAUUUCAAGAAUACAAGGAUCAAGCCGAUUGGUGCGUGGCAUCGACGGGUGCUGAUGCGGAUACUCAAGACAGACAUUUACUUCCGCCUGUGGUGAUUGGAUGGCAUAGAUUUCGUGUUCAUGCGCAGUCUCACAGCAUGGUUCAAGCAAUGCUCUUGGCCAACGAGAAGAUCUUGGGCUUGCCAUGCAAACGGUGUAGCGCUGUCAACGGAUGUCUAGGCAUACUGUUGCAGAUCUAUUGCUGCUAGCGCUGAGCCGGCUAUGGCUCAUAGCUUAACCUUGCCGUGCCAUCCCUCAAGCUUAUAAGAGGCCAACCGUUGAAUGAGGAUUUGAAAGUUUUUAGAUGAGCUCUUGCAGCAGAACAUUUCAUUGAUGCUGCAGUAUUACCAAUGCUAGCAAGCAUAGAAUCAACAUUGUAAAUAUCCUCGCCAACG